CUACGCCAUGUCAUCUACGAGCCCAGAAGUUCGCACUUGUCACCGAGUAACCUCUAGUCAAUCUUUCCCUUUACUCAUCGCACCCCCAUGCUUACUGGUUCCCAUCUUGAUGCGGCCAGGGCGGGAUUGGCGAAGCACUGCCCAGUGAUGACCGAAUGUGCUCGCCACGGCAUUCAUCUCAUUGUCGCCCUUCUGCCUAACCCGUCGAGCCAGCAUCUGUCCGCAAAAGGCAUCACCUUCUUUCCCCUCGAUGUGACGGUCGAGGGGUCAGUGGUAGAGCUCAAAGCCCGCAUCCGGGAGCUCGCGGGCGAAUACCUCGACAUCCUGGUGCAUUGCGUGGAUGUGAACCAGCUGGAUGCCAGCAGGCUGACUGAAUCAUUGCGUAUACGAUGACGGCUAUCGACACGGACGUCAGCGCCGUCCAAUGCAUGUUCAAUGGGAACCUAUUUGGACCGAUGCGGAUGGUGCACCACUUGCACGACCUCAUUAUUCCGGCCAAGGGAACGAUUGUCAACAUUGGCUCCAUUGAUGGCAUUGUUCCUCACUUGAAUGGAGCAACAUUGCACAAUGCCACCGAAGCUGGCCUUCACCACUGGUUCAAUACACUGCAUGUCGAAAUGGCCCCUUCGACCAUACAGGUGAUUUCCGGCGAGGUUGAUACCAACGUCCUGAAAAGAAAAAAUGACGCGCAUCGACAACUCCCAGAAGGGAAAUCC